UGCAGCCAAGCUUGGCGCGAGCGCCGCGCGGCUGACGGGCCGGCCCGCCAAUGGGCGGUGGCGCGCGGCUCUGGGCAGCCAAUGGGCGCGCUGCGGGGGCGGGCCCGGGCGAGGUUAGGGUGUCCUUGCAGGGUGCUGGGCUAAACUUCACCAAAUAAAAGCUGUUUGUGUUGGGGCGGCUGCGGAGCCAUUUUGGAAAUAACAUUCAUCCCAGAUUUGAUGAUAAUGAAAAUACAGAAAAAAGAAAAGCAGCCACCAAGCUUAAAAGCACUGAGCCUCUCCCCAAUGUCGUCUGCCUGGGAGUGCAAGGGGCAGGACACCUUUGGCAGCAGUGAAGAGCAGGACGAGGUGCCCCAGCAGGUGACAGUGGCAGCCACAAACACAGGUGGCCAGUGCCAGUGGCCGAAGGAGGAGCCCCAGGGGGCUCCCCAGAAGAGGACGAGCGCCCAGAACGGGGUGCAGGACAGUGGGGGCAUGGGGGUGAAGAAGAAACGGAAGAAAAAGGAUCUGGGAGAGCAGGAAGGGGGAGAUAAAGCAGCUGUGGAGGUGAAACCAAAGAGGAGGAGAGAACCUAAAGAACCAAAAGAGCCUAAAAAGGUGAAGGAGUCGAAGAAGCCGAAGGAGCCCAAGCAGAGGGAGGUGGCCAAGAAGCCCCGGAAACCUCGGGAGCCCAAAGCCCCGAAGGAGCCUAAAGACAAGAAGAGUGGCUCUGAAGCAGCCCCCAGAUCAAGGCCCAAGAAGAGCAGCAAAGACACCCCUGUGGAGAAGAAGAAGAAAGGGAAGAGGAAAAAUGAGAUACCAGUGAACAGCUUGGAUUUGGAUCAGGAUCUCCUGAGCCCAUCUGUACAGAGCCCAGAGGAGUCUGCAGAGUCAGCUGACAGCCAGAAGCGGCGCUCGGGCCGGCAGGUGAAGAGGAGGAAGUACAACGAGGACCUGGAUUUCAAGGUUGUGGAUGAUGAUGGAGAGACAAUUGCUGUGCUGGGAGCUGGGAGAACCUCUGCCCUCUCCGCCUCUACCCUGGCAUGGCAGGCAGAGGAGCCUCCUGAGGAUGAUGCCAAUAUCAUUGAGAAGAUUCUUGCCUCCAGGAUGGUGCAGAAGGAGGCUCAUCCUGGAGGCCUGGCAUUUGAGACAGAGGAGUUCUACGUCAAGUACAGGAACUUCUCUUACCUGCACUGUAAAUGGGCAACACUGGAGGAGCUGGAGAAGGACCCCAGGAUCUCACAGAAGAUAAAGCGCUUCCGGAACAAGCAGGCUCAGAUGAAACAUAUUUUUACAGAGCCUGAUGAGGAUUUGUUCAACCCGGACUAUGUGGAGGUAGACCGAAUUCUGGAGGUGGCUCACACAAAAGACCCUGACACUGGAGAGGAGGUCACUCAUUACUUGGUGAAGUGGUGCUCACUGCCCUAUGAGGAGAGCACCUGGGAGCUGGAGGAGGAUGUUGACCCAGGGAAGAUUAAAGAGUUUGAAGCCCUCCAAAUCCCUCCAGAAAUCAAGCACAUGGAGCGCCCAGCAUCCGAGUCCUGGCAGAAGCUGGAGAAGUCCCGGGAGUACAAGAACAGCAACCAGCUGCGGGAGUAUCAGCUGGAGGGGAUGAACUGGCUGCUCUUUAACUGGUAUAACAGGAAGAACUGCAUCCUGGCUGACGAGAUGGGGCUGGGGAAGACAAUCCAGUCAAUCACUUUCCUCUCAGAGAUAUUCCUGAUGGGCAUCCAUGGCCCCUUCCUCAUCAUUGCACCUCUCUCCACCAUUACCAACUGGGAGAGGGAGUUCCGCACGUGGACGGAGAUGAACGCCAUCGUGUACCACGGCAGCCAGAUCAGCCGGCAGAUGAUCCAGCAGUACGAGAUGGUCUACAGGGACACACAGGGUAACCCUCUUCCUGGGAUCUUCAAGUUCCAGGUGGUUAUCACCACCUUUGAGAUGAUCCUUGCUGACUGCCCGGAGCUGAAGAAGAUCCAGUGGCGCUGUGUGGUCAUUGACGAGGCACAUCGCCUGAAGAACAGGAACUGCAAACUCCUGGAGGGGCUGAAGCUCAUGGCCCUGGAGCACAAGGUGCUGCUGACGGGGACCCCCCUGCAGAACUCGGUAGAGGAGCUCUUCAGCCUCUUAAAUUUUCUGGAACCACAGCAGUUCCCUUCAGAGACAGCCUUCCUGGAAGAGUUUGGAGACCUCAAGACAGAGGAGCAGGUGAAGAAGCUGCAGUCCAUCCUGAAGCCCAUGAUGCUGCGGCGGCUGAAGGAUGAUGUAGAGAAGAAUCUGGCACCCAAGCAGGAGACCAUCAUUGAGGUGGAGCUGACCAAUAUCCAAAAGAAAUACUACCGGGCCAUCCUGGAGAAGAAUUUCUCCUUCCUUUCCAAGGGAGCCAACCAGCACAACAUGCCCAACCUCAUCAAUACCAUGAUGGAGCUGCGCAAGUGCUGCAAUCACCCGUACCUCAUCAACGGAGCAGAAGAGAAGAUCCUGGAAGACUUCCGUAAAGCCCACUGCCCUGAGGCUCCAGACUUCCAGCUGCAGGCCAUGAUCCAGGCAGCUGGGAAGCUGGUGCUCAUUGAUAAGCUGCUUCCCAAGCUGAUUGCUGGUGGGCACAAGGUGCUCAUCUUCUCACAGAUGGUGCGCUGCCUUGACAUCCUGGAAGACUAUCUCAUCCAGAGACGGUACACCUACGAGCGCAUCGACGGGCGGGUGCGCGGCAACCUGCGCCAGGCUGCCAUCGACCGCUUCUGCAAGCCCGACUCGGAUCGCUUCGUGUUCCUGCUGUGCACGCGGGCGGGCGGGCUGGGCAUCAACCUGACUGCUGCCGACACCUGCAUCAUCUUCGACUCCGACUGGAACCCCCAGAACGACCUGCAGGCUCAAGCUCGCUGCCACCGGAUCGGGCAGAGCAAGGCGGUGAAGGUCUAUCGCCUCAUCACCAGGAACUCCUACGAGCGCGAGAUGUUCGACAAGGCCAGCCUGAAGCUGGGCCUGGACAAAGCUGUGCUGCAGGACAUCAACCGCAAGGGCAGCACCAAUGGGGUUCAGCAGCUCUCCAAGAUGGAGGUGGAGGACCUGCUGCGGAAGGGUGCCUACGGCGCGCUCAUGGAUGAGGAGGACGAGGGCUCCAAGUUCUGUGAGGAAGAUAUUGAUCAGAUCCUCCAGCGCAGGACACAGACCAUCACCAUCCAGUCUGAAGGGAAGGGCUCCACCUUUGCAAAGGCCAGCUUUGUAGCAUCAGGAAACAGAACUGACAUUUCCUUAGAUGACCCCAACUUCUGGCAGAAGUGGGCCAAGAUAGCAGAACUCGAUACAGAUGCCAAGAAUGAAAAGGAGAGCCUGGUCAUCGACAGGCCCCGCGUGCGGAAGCAAACCAAGCACUACAACUCCUUCGAGGAGGACGAGCUGAUGGAGUUCUCCGAGCUGGACAGCGACUCGGACGAGCGGCCCACGCGCUCGCGCCGCUUCAACGAGAAGACGCGGCGCUACCUGCGGGCCGAGUGCUUCCGUGUGGAGAAGAACCUGCUCAUAUUCGGCUGGGGACGCUGGAAAGAUAUCCUGACCCAUGGGCGGUUCAAGUGGCACCUGAACGAGAAGGACAUGGAGAUGAUUUGCCGGGCCUUGCUGGUGUACUGCGUCAAGCACUACAAGGGGGAUGAGAAGAUUAAGAGUUUUAUCUGGGACCUCAUCACUCCAACGAAGGAUGGCCAGAAUCAGGCUCUGCAGAAUCACUCAGGCUUGUCAGCACCCGUGCCCAGAGGCAGGAAGGGGAAGAAGACAAAGAACCAGAUGCUGCUUCCUGAGAUAAAGAAUGCAGACUGGCUGGCCACCUGCAACCCUGAGGUGGUGCUCCAUGAUGACAGCUACAAGAAGCACCUCAAACAGCACUGCAACAAGGUUCUGCUGCGGGUGCGAAUGCUCUACUACCUGAAGGCUGAAGUGCUGGGGGAGGCUGCGGAUAAAGCCUUUGAGGGGACCCCUGCCAGGGAGCUGGAUGUGCUGCUGCCAGACAUUGACUAUGUGGAGAUCCCAGUGGACUGGUGGAACGCUGAAGCUGAUAAAUCCCUGCUCAUCGGUGUCUUCAAGCACGGGUACGAGCGGUACAACGCCAUGCGGGCCGACCCCGCGCUCUGCUUCCUGGAGAAGGUGGGCAUGCCGGACGAGAAGCUGCUCUCUGCCGAGCAGGGCGCCAGCGACGGGGCACAGGACGCUGCUGAAAGGGGCAGCGUGGAAAAAGAAGAGAGCAGUGGAGAAAAGCUGGAGGGGCUGUCAAAACAGGAGGACAUAGUGGCUGCUGGGGUGGGUGAAGCCAGUGAGAAGCGGGACGAGCCAGCGACAGCCCAGGAUGGCUCCGACUCAGACAGAUCCUGCUGGCCUGUCUCCUCUGCUCUCACGGCCAGGCUGCGGCGGCUCGUCACCGUCUACCAGCGCUGCAACCGCAGGGAGCUGCCGGCGCGCGGCGAGGCGCUGGUGCCCGCCAGCCACGGCUACUGGCUGCAGGACGACGUCUUCCGCAGGGCCUCCGAGGGGGACGCGCUCAGCAGGGACAUGCACAAGAGGUGGACCAGGAGGGAACAGGCAGACUUCUAUCGCACUGUCUCCUCCUUUGGGGUUAUCUAUGACCAAGAGAAAAAAAUCUUUGACUGGGCCCAGUUCCGAGCCAUCUCUCGACUGGAGAAGAAGACUGAUGAGAGCCUGGAGAAGUACUUCUACAGCUUUGUGGCCAUGUGCAAGAAUGUCUGUGGUCUCCCUUUGUGGAAAGAGGAUGGUGCCCCAGACCCCGACAUCUACGUGGAGCCCAUCACGGAGGAGCGCGCUGCCAGGACCCUGUACCGCAUCGAGCUGCUGCGCAAGGUGCGCGAGCAGGUGCUCAAGUGCCCCCAGCUGCAGGAGCGGCUGCAGCUGUGCCGGCCCAGCCUCUACCUGCCCGUCUGGUGGGAGUGUGGCAAGCACGACCGGGACCUGCUGAUCGGCACCGCCAAGCACGGCCUCAACCGCACUGACUACUACAUCAUGAACGACCCCCAGCUGUCUUUUCUAGAUGCCUACAGAAACUAUGCCCAGCACAAAAGAGCGGGGUUCCCAGGCCCAGAAACCCUGUGCUGCCUUUACCAGUCUAACUCCAAGCUCUACGGUUCCCCCGUGUACAGCCAGAUGGAGCAGGGCUGCGAAACCCUGGAGAGCGAAGCCGAGGGUCACAUGAAGCUGGACGGCGUGGACAGCACCAUGUCCCAGGCCGGGGGCAGCCCGCUGGAUGCCAACUGCGAGACGUUCAUGUCAGAAGUGCGGGACAUCAUCUCCAGCAGCUACGACGAGAGCUCGCUGCCCGACUCCCUGGUGUGCAUGAUGUACGACGACAAGGCCUGUCCCAGCGAGCAGAGCUCGCUCCCCAGGGACAGCCCCGGCUGCACCGACCUCGGAAGCAGCAUGGCCAAACUCUCCGAGGGCAAGCUGGACGGGGAGGAGGAUCCAUCCAGCUGUGAUGCAGAUGGCUUGAGAGAGGCUCCCUUCCUGGAGGGUUUGCAGGUGGGCUCUGACCGAGUGGACACUCAGAAUGAGGAAGCUGAGCCUUCACCUCCUACUCCCAAGAGCAAUCCUUCGCAGAGUGCUCCAGUCAAGCUCGGCAAAGCCUUGGAACAGAAAGAAGCACUUGCCAGCCCAGCUGCAGGGCUGCCCGAGCAUGGAACCAUGGAAAGAGUCCUAGGUGUGGGGCUCUACAGUCCCAGUCUCCAUAACUAUGAGCUAAAGGUUCCUCCUGAGCAGAGGUUCAUCAGUCUACUGCAGGAGAAAGGGUUGGAGGCAAAGCUGGGGCCAAGUCAGAGCCAUAGCGAGGAAGAUGAGGAGGAAGAAGAGGAUGAUGAUAACUCUGAGGCUGCUGCAGAUGCCAUGGAAGGCUUGAAUGGUUCCAGGACCAGGGCUGAUUGCGACCCCGAGGCUCAUGAACUGGGGGGUGAGGAGCAGAGCUCUGGUCUCCCCACACCUGAGGACACUUGCCCAGAAGAUGUAAAUGGCGAGAGGGAGUCCCUGGGGCUGGGGGAGCCCAGGGCAGAGGGCAGGGAAGACUGUGGCUUGAAUGAGGAGAGCACCCAGCAGCUCUCACCGGGCCAGGCUCAGAGCCAGCCCUUCAGCCUGCCCACACCUCUGCCUCAGGGGGAACCUCGGGGGGAAGAGCCCCCCUGUGUCAGGGGGGAGCCCUUGGGUCGAGAUGCUGAGGGGCAGACAGGCUGCACAGAGGCCCCACACCCUGAGCCUCAGGGCAUAAAGCAAGAAGAGUGUGAGAACAGAGAUGACGGGGAGAAAGCCAGCAGCAACCAGAGCCAAGAUGGUCCAGAGAAGUACUUGGAAGAAGAGAACAAGAGUUCUGCUUCUGUCCUGCCUGGGGAAAUUGAUGAUCUUCACGAUGCCCGGGCACCAACCAUUGCCCAGCUGCUGCAGGAGAAGACACUUUACUCCUUCUCUGAGUGGCCUAAGGACCGUGUGAUCAUCAACCGCAUUGACAACAUCUGCCACGCCAUCCUGAAGGGCAAGUGGCCUUCCUCCAGCCAGCAGUUUGAGUCCCAGAGCCUGCUGACAGCCCCAGCCAUGGGCAGCAGCACUGGCAGCAGGAGCAGCUUCACCGAGUCAGAAGCCCCCGAGCCCAGCUUCAGCAACGGGGUCUUAAUGUCACGGGUACAAAAGGAAGGUUUCCUGAGCCCUGCCUUUGCAAAAGACGAGCGGAAGCACAGGAGACCCUAUGAGUUGGAGAUGGACAGAGAUGCCAAGCAGAGGAGCCUGGAGCAGCUGGCAGCAGCCCAUGUCCAUCCCCCCAUCGUGCUGAACGGCUGGCGUGAGGCAGCAGUGGACUUGUCCAGAGCCUCUGAUGGGUCCCCAGGGAACUCCUCUCCUUUCCCCCUGAACACAAACAUGCCCAAACUGGGGACUGUGAAUGCCCUCCAGAGCUCCCUGGGCAUGGACUUGUCUGGCAUCCUACAGGCAGGGUUAAUCCAUCCUGUCACUGGACAGAUUGUAAAUGGCAGCCUCCGAAGAGACGAUGCUGCCAUGAGGAGGAGACGGGGCAGGAGGAAAAAUGUCGAAGGGAUGGACCUCAUCUUCUUGAAGGAGAGGCCUCUUCCAAACAGGCUGCAGGAUGUUCAGGAAGACCAGCCACAGCCCCCUCAGAACAGUCCCCUCCCUGAAGGGCCAGUUGCUGCUACCUCAACUCCACAGCCAGUCCCAGCUGCAGGCAGCCAAGAGAAGGCUGUCCCGAACAAGAGUCUGCUUGACUGGCUCCGGCAGCAGUCUGACUACACACUCGAUGUUCCCAGCUUUGGCACAAGUUUUUCAGACAAGCCCAAGCAGAGGAGGCAGCGCUGCAAGGACCCCAACAAGCUGGACAUUAGCUGUCUGACGGGAGAGGAGCGGGUGCCGGUGGUACAUAAGGGUACCGGGCGGCGGGGCUACCUACCCGAGAACAAAUUCAAUCGCGUCCUGAGCGAGCCCGUGCUCCGGGACACGGGGCCGCGCCGGAGGGGGAGGCGGCCCCGCACUGACCUCCUGAAAGGCCCUGGUGUCGUAGCAGAUUCUUCUUCUGGAAUGGGACCAUUGUUCAUGAACGGACUGAUUGCUGGGAUGGAUCUAGUGGGACUUCAGAACAUGAGAAAUAUGCAAGGGAUCCCUCUGACUGGGCUGGUGGGGUUUCCUGCUGGCUUUGCAGCAGUGCCCGCCGGUGAGGAUGUGAAGAGCACCCUGAGCAUGCUGCCCAUGAUGCUGCCAGGCAUGGCCACCGUGCCCCAGAUGUUCGGGGUGGGAGGGCUCCUCAACUCCCCCAUGGCCAGCACGUGCAGCGCCACCGCCCCGACGAGCACAGCGAAGGGCGGCGGCGAGGAGAAGCAGGGCGGCCAGGACGGGAGCAAGGAGCCUCUCGCCGAGGAGAAGCCUGGCCCCAGCUCAUUUUCUAAUCAGACAGAAUCCGCAAUAACUACCAGUAGUCCUGUAGCUUUUAACCCGUUCCUUAUCCCAGGGAUGUCUCCUGGACUGAUCUAUCCCUCCAUGUUCCUCUCCCCUGGCAUCGGCAUGGCGCUGCCCGGCCUCCCGCAGAGCCGGCACUCGGAGGCGGCCGGCCUGGAGAGCCAGAAGAGGAAGAGGAAGAAGGCAAAAGGGGAGCUGGCAAACCCAGAGCCAGAAACUGUCUCACUGCCGGAAAAAGAAGCUGCAAACAGUCAAAACUGUGUGGAGCAAAGCCCGCCAGCAGCAGCAGCAGCAGAGAAGGAGCAGGAUGGACCAGCAGAGGAGGAGCGCCAAGCUGCUCGUGAUACCGAUUAGAACUUUUGUUUCAUUGAAAGAAAAACACAAAAAGAUUGUGGCUUGUGAGUUUCUUAACCCAUAAACUCUUUGUUACUUCCCCUCCCACCCCGCUCCACCUUCAUAAACCUGUGUUUCCAUGAGUAAUAUUAUCUACCUAAUUCCCUGUCAGAAAAAACUGGUGACAUACUACAUGUUAAUAGUUGCAGGGUCUUGCCACUUUAUUAGAUAAACAGUGUUGUCUAGCUAGUAUGGGAGGCACCGAAUUCUCAUUCUGUUUUUCCAGUCCAUCAUCCCAGCCCACAAUAGCAAAUGCAGUACUUGGUCACCCCCUGCAAAUUGCUCACUCCUUUGAGAAGAAAAAGCAGCAAAAAAAAACAAGAGCAAAAGAAAAGUGUUUAUCUCUUGGUUUAACACACAGUCAAGGGUAUUUCUGUCUACAGUGACACUGAAGGAAAAAGCCUGUCUUUGGGCUAAAAGCACAGCUAUAGUAAGUGCUAAUGUGUAUUUUUGAUUUAAAGUAUUUCCCUAUUUUAUCAUGGUUACUAGAAUAGUAGUAUAGACAGAAGUAUAUAACUAAUGAUUGAAAAUGCAUAUAUUCAUUUCUUUGAAAGGAAACACAUAACUGGUAGUGAUAUAAUUUCUUGAUCACCCCCACCUCAAAGGUUUGGAGACAAACUGCAGAGAGUGAAAAAAUGGUGUAGACAUUCUUUUGUAUUUUUUUAAAGCCAACGUUUGGUUUUAUGUUAUGUGGAGUUUAGUUGCCCUUUCCUUGGUAGUUACAAGAGCUUUCCAGCUUGAGCUGGAAAGGUUUUGCACACUUGCAUGACUUUUCUGGGGUUACUGUGUCUGUAGCAACCAGUCCCUUCAUCACUCUGCUUGUCUUCAGUUCUCCUCUCUGGCAUUAGUUCUCAGCUAUGGCAUUACAGGUGCUCUAAAGGUAUUUUUUUCCAGCUGUGAACAGACCACAGUGAUUUUGUUGCUCUGAUAUGAACACUGAGGCUUUCUGAGUUCUCAUGUUUCCCUGUCCCUGCCCCGGGAGCGACGUUGCAGCAAACAUGGAGAAGGCUGUAGGCCAGUGCCCUGCCUGGGAGUCCUCUGGGAAGGACUCUUGACACUUUCAGAGCCCGAGUUUCUCACUUUCUAGUGGUGGACUGUAAAGAGAUGACUUUGGCUUCUUCCCAUUCCGUUUGCUGUUGAACAGUAUUUCCAGUCCUUCGAACUAUUUCAGCAUCUGCAUUUCAAAUGGAUGGGUUCUGAUGCUGCCACCUCCCUGCUCCAGCUCUGGGUACUAAGACUCCUCCACAGGCAACUCUUCUGAUUUCUCCUUCUCCUCACUCCCUUAAUUCUUCUUUCACUUGGGGUUAUUCUUACUUGCAGCUCAUGGUCUGAGAAUUGAAUAAAGGCACAGUGGUGCAGUGGUGAGGAAGGGCAGGCUGGGUGGGAGUUGGAGUGUGCUACUCAUCAGUUUCACACUUGGUUGUCACAAUUUACUGUAUUUUUUUACCUUUUUUUUUUUCUUUUGCAGUUUUGCUAAUUUAUCAGAUGGUCCAAAUGUUUUGACAUAACUAUUUCAGUUUGCAUUAUUUAUUUAUGACGCUUUUUGUCAUUGUCUUUUAUACAUUUGGGAUUAUAAAUUAUGUACAUGUUAAAAUUAGCAUCUCAAAGAAGUCUGUUACCCGUGGUCAAAAAACCAGUUGGUUUAUAUUUUCACAGAAUUUAUUCUCAGUUUACUGGAUUGGAUGAUUUUUUUUAAAGUAUGUAGCCAAUCAUAAUGCAACCCUCCUCCCCCCCAAUAAUUGUGUUCUAUUUAAUAACAUUCUUGUAGCAUAGAUACUGUAUCACUAUUGACAGAUUUCUUAGAAAUGCUGCUAUCUCUAUUUAACUAACAUUUUGUUCAGUUUUUGCCUCCAGUGGAAGCAGAAAGGGUUUUUUCAGCUGUUAAAUCCAAAAUCAAUAUAAUUUAUUUAUGUAAAAAAAAAAAAAAAAAGUCACGAUUGAUAUAUUUUUGAACCUUUUAAGUACUAACUUUGUUUUUAUUCAGUGGAAGAACAUGUACUUGCCCUAAAUCCUUAAAAUACAAAUGCUAUAAAACUUCAUAUAUCUUCAAAGCCUUACUGUGAAUGGAUACAGAAAUCUCUUCCGAGUCUAUUUCUUGUUAUGGGAUGGUUUUUCCAGGGUUACAUGCAUAAGGAACAGGGUUUAAAGUGAAAUUUAUUUAAUUAGCCAGCAUGCUCUAUACCUUGUUCUUUCUUAGCAGACAUGUAUGCUACGUCUCUGGGUGUUUAGGCUUCUCUUUGCUACUUUGUGACCCUUUUGCAACCCGGUAUACUCUGUGGAUUAUUUAGACUGUAAGGCGUUAAGUGGCUGCUUCUUCUUUUCCAUCAUAUCCCAAACAAACGCCAAAUUUUCACCGGUUUUCAUGGCUAUUCACACACAUACAUCCUUCACCAAAUGUGCUAACAAAAUAAACUGUCUGUGCUCUUGAACAUGGAUAAAAAGAAAAAGAUUUAAAAGUCAGAUUUUUAUUUUUUUAAUUUAGUGACUAGAUGAUGCUUAUCUUUCAGACUUGGGAGAGCCUUGCUACAGAUGUAUAUAAUUUUUUUCAGCAAAUAUAUGUGAAUGUUUAAUUCA